CUCGGCAAUGGUUUCCAUUUCGUCCAGACUUUAACAGGAUCCAGACUAUCCUGGGUACGAGUCCUGAGAACAAGAUGGCGAUGACAAUCUUCAGAGUCCCUCCCGUUCCCAGGACAGACUACGACGGGAACAUCUACCGGAUCCUGUCCAGGAUAGAAGGGGACGGGGUCAAACUCAGCCACGUGCUCAUCCUGUGUGACGUACCAAACACCAUGCAGCUUCUGGCUCAGGCUUUUGUAUCUGAACCCGUGAGAGAGGGAUCAUCCUGGCUCAUCGGUAAUCCGGAAGUUUUGGAUGAGGAUGUGAAGAACACGAUCGGCACAGUUCGCGGCGUCAUCACGACCAUCAGACACGUGUUCGACCUCUCCGACUCCGCGCGAAAUCUCAUCUCAACUCUCCCGGCCAAAAUCACGCGAGACUUCAUCCAAAAUGGCGGAAGGACCGUCAUUCCGUAUACAAAGGUUGAUCUGUUCUACAUUUUCGAUGCUGUGCGGAUCCUGUCGCAGGCCGUCAGAGACCGGGUAGUGUUCGACAAGCAUGGCGGCAGGAGGGGGGUCCGCUGUGACGAGAACGGGACGUUUUCAGAGCCGGGGAAACAGGGAGAGGUCAUUAUGUCCACUCUCAAGCAGAAAACGUGGAAGGGUUCACUUGGAGGUGUCGCCUUCGGUCCUACUGGUUACAACAGCCGUGCGGAAUACGAGUUUCUGUCGCUGAAGACCAUCAACAAGACUGCCAAGUUCAUCCCGACCGGGACCUGGAGUGACCGGACGGGCCUCAACAUGACCCAGCGGAUGGACUGGCCGGACAUACAGGGUGUCACGCUCAGGGUCGUUACCGUAGAGGACAUACCAUUUGUGUUCGAGCAAGUCCGGUCCAGUGGAGUGGAGUACGACGGGUUCUCCAUUGACGUCAUCAAGGAGCUGUCCAAGACCUUGAACUUCAGUUUCGUGGUGUACGGCGUCGCCGACCAGAAGUAUGGUGCCCCGAGGCCUGAUGGGACAUGGAACGGGAUGAUUGGGGACGUGGUAAACAAGCAAGCCGAUGUUGCCAUUGCAGCCAUGACCAUCACAAAAGAACGAGAAAAAGUCGUGGACUUCCCUAAACGGUACAUGGACCAGUCCUUUGGGAUCUUGAUGAAGAAACCGAAGGACAACACGCGGAAUGUGUUCGGGUUCAUGGGUCCGUUCACGCCGGAGGUCUGGGCGUGUAUCGGCGGGUCGGUCGUCAUCGUCGGCGUGUUCCUCUACCUGCUCAACAAGUUCCGCCCUGACGACAUCAUCGUCACUGAGGAAGGGGAGGGCCCGUCCAGGUUCGGACUCAACGACAGUCUGUGGUUUAUCAUAGGCUCCCUCAUGCAACAAGGUUGGGACUGGAGUCCCCGCUGUCUGUCCCACAGACUACUGAGCGGGUUCUGGUGGCUGUUCAGCCUGGUGGUCAUCUCCACAUACACCGCCAACCUCGCCGCCUUUCUCACCGUCACCCGGAUGGAGAACCCCAUCAGAUCUGUGGACGACCUGGCCAGUCAGACGGUCAUUCCGUACGGCACUGUGAGCGACACCAGUUUGACAACGGCCUUCCAAAGCUCCAGAAUUGAGGUUUACCAGAAGAUGUGGAAGUUUAUGACAAACUCGGACCCUCCCACCUUGAUGGAAACGGCAGACGAAGGCUUCAGAAAGGUACGUGAGGGUAACUAUGCCUUCAUCUGGGACACUCCUAUCAUUGAGUACGUGGCGCUGAACGACCCUGACUGCUCCCUCACUACUGCGGAAAACAGCUUCUACGAGCGAGGCUACGGGAUAGCUCUGCAGAGGGACUCUCCCUACAGAGAAGCGUUUUCAUACGGCAUCCUGCAGAUGCAGGAGAACGGGCGGAUGAACAAGCUGAAGGAGCGCUGGUGGCCGUCCACAGGCAGGUGCUCCCUCAGGACCAUGACGUCAAAGAAACGCGCAAGCGCACUGGGCCUGAACAACUUCGCGGGGGUCUUCUACGUCAUGAUGGUUGGGCUGGUCCUGUCGGUGAUCAUGGCGCUGUGUGAGAGUCUGUGGCACAUGUGCCGCAGGGGGAGGUUCCCGCUUAACUGGAAGACCAGGAGAAGAGCGGCGAACACCGUGUCUGACCUGGACACGUUUGUGGAGGUGGACCGUAAGAAGAACGGCCACAUCCAGGUGGUCACGACCAUCCGCAUCCCGGAGGCGGACAAGGGCUCCCUCCCGCCUCUACACGACAGGCUCCUGUCGUCCAAGGAAACCCGCUGCUAG